AUGGGUUCCGCCGAGUCGAAACCAGUCUCCGCACAUGUGUGGAAGGCCUCAGCGCCGAAUGGCCUCUCACAAGAUCUCGUCGACUCACUCCAGUCGAGCCACGAGACCGAUGCCUCCCGCGCCAAGAUAGUCGAGCACCAAAUCCAGGCCCGCGUGGCCGAGGAGCUCAAGAAGCUGCAGCUGCAGGAGGCCGACGCCCUCAAGAUCGCCCAGGAAAAGCUCGCCGCCGCCGAGUUCAAGGCCGACGAUGGCCCGUCAAACCACACCGUCAGCAAGGAGAUUGAGGAGAUGCGCAAGAAGCUGGAGGCUCGCAAGCAGGUCCGCGCCCUGCCCGAUACCGUCGAAAGCGCACGCAGCGAGGUCAUCCGAUGUCUGAGAGAUAACGACCGACGACCGCUCGACUGCUGGCAAGAGGUGGAGAACUUCAAGGCCGAGGUCAAGAAGCUCGAGAAGGGCUGGGUGGAGAAGGUGCUGGCGUGA